GCUUACUGGGAACUGGUGUUUUUUCUCCCGAUAGCGAUGAAAUCCCAGAGAUUUCGCGAGAUUUUACACUCACACAUGCGGUUGCUUUUAUAAUACGUUUAUGUGACCACCAUGAACAUUAGCUACUAACUGUACAGCUGUGGUGUCUGCCCAAAAGUAAUAGAUAGAUGUUAAAAUUGUGAACGGUAGCUCUGAUAGCCGCUAUUAGCCACCCACAGAAAAGCGUGUGUCUGCCUAGCCUCCUCUGUAGCCUGUCUGCAGCAGUGAAGAAGAGGCUCUGCUAGGUCAAAUGAGUGUUGCUGAUUACCGCCACAGUAUUCACUGCCAGGUGUUGCUCUUCACUCCUUGACAGCCUCUGAAUGUCUGGAGGAAUGUCCAAGAAAAGGGGAAGAAAGCGUAGCAGUGGGGAACUCAGUGACACAAUAGAUCCUAACAGUAUUUUGGGACUACGUAUACAACAUAACUGGCGUGAGAAAGGAAACCAAAGCAAAUGGAAGGGAACAGUACUUGAAAGACUAAGUGUAAACCCAUCUCUUUAUAUGGUUAAGUAUGACGGCUUUGACUGUGUCUAUGGUAUAGAGCUGUUCAGAGAUGAACGUGUGUCCAACCUGCAAGUCUUACCUGAAAAUGUUGUAAAUAAUAAACUCAAGAUCCCUCCUGGAGCAGAGGAGCUAGUGGGAAAGGCUGUGGAGCAUCUGUUUGAGAAGGAGGAUGGAGAGAAGAAUGAAUGGAGAGGAAUGGUCCUCUCCAGAGCUCCAAUAAUGACCCACUGGUAUUAUAUAACAUAUGAAAAGGACCCAGUUCUUUAUAUGUACCAGCUGUGGGAUGACUAUGCUGAUGGAGACCUUAGGAUACUGCCUGAAGCAGAAAAUAAGCACUUGUUGCCCCCAGAUAGAAAGCCAGGAGAGGAGACGGAGAGUCUGGUCGGAAAACAAGUGGAGUAUGUCACCGAUAAGGGCUUGAAAAGAACUGGUCUGGUAAUCUACCAGGUCCCAGCCAAACCCUCUGUGUACUACAUAAAAUAUGACGAUGACUUUCAUAUUCAUGUUUAUGACUUAGUUAAGACCACUUAGAAACAACAUGCUCAUUAUCAUUUUAAAAGCCAUUACAGGUUUAAAGGAUUCUGCAGUUUGCCAUUCAGAGGAAAGUGCAAUAUUAUUUUUGAAUGUAGUUGUAUUGUUUAACUGCUACUCUAAGCUUUGAGAAAGUUACUUUCUUUUACCAUUGCUGCUUUAGUUUUAGAUCUAUAUUUUACAUUUGGACAGUUUGGGGUAACACCUCCAAAGAGCUAUAUAAUGCCAUAUUGUCCAGAAUGCCCACAAAAAUUUAUUGUAUUAGAACAUAGCUACAGUUUACUGGCACUUUAUUUGAUAUACGUGCAACUUAUGUUCAAUUUAAAUUGAUGGAUAUAUAAAUUAGAUGGAUAAUACUUCUAUUCCCAAAGUACACUGUACUGUACUUUGCCAAGGAAACAAAUAACUAUUGUUAUGAAUUAAGUGCCUUGAAGCUUGUAGUUUUGCAACCAAACGUUGUUUUUGUCUAUAUGUUGCUACCCGUUCUUUAUGUUUAGCACAACUUUACAUCAAAACUGGAGGUUCUUAAAUAGUAUGUGUCUGUGUGCUAAACAAUAUGGCCUGAAACAGUACUUUCAGUUAUUUGCUACUUGAAUGAAUAUACAGCUUGAAUGCACAAAACAAAUAGUGUAGCAGUCUAUGAUAACGUUGUAGUCGUUUGUAUGAUAGGCAGUACUAGUUUUGGCGCAUUGCAAAUGUAAAUUUUUAAUACAACAGCAAUAGCUUUUAGAAAGUGAAGCUGUAUUUAUCUGAAUACAUGACAAGACUUGUAUUAUAAUUAUUUCAAUGGUGAAAAUACUGCUAUUACUCCAAGACACAGAAUAAAUUGCUUAUUUAUUAAUGUCAUUAUCUUUGUGUGACACUGUGGGUGUUGCUUGUAUUCAGUUGUCUAUAAUUGUUGCCAGUAAGCCUGCAUGCACAAUCAUCUAAGAAAAAAAAACACUUUUCUUCAUGGCAUGUGGUGGGAUCAGUGUAUUCAACCACAAUUACGUAAAUUCACAUUAAUGUUAAAUACAUUAUAACAGCUAUGGUGCCACCAUGUCAAGUACUGACUUUGAGUUUGUGAUGUACGUUUUGUCACGC